AUGCGGCCGUUCCAGGACCUCGCAAUCUCCUUCUCUUCGGAGUCUUCUGACGGGGAGACAGCGAAUUUCAUCCUAGGCCAGUUCACGGCCAUAAACACGACGGAGCCUCCAACAAAACCUCGGGCUACGAGAUUGGUUCCAUGUGUUGAAAUUCCCAAGAAAAGCUUCAAUAAGGAUGAUUAUCCAUAUUUACCCGGCUAUUCGACCGUAGAUCACAUAAGAUCUAAGGCAGAAAGCCUCACUUCGGACUCAUAUGAGGUAGUCCUCAAAAGUGGUGAUAUCAGAGUGCUAUCAUUGAGCAAGAUCCGAUCACUCAAAGGUGGCCGUGAAGCGCUGUCAAUUUUCAAUUCCCAAACUGCUUACUCCAGCUCUGAGUCCCCGUCUACAAGCAGCUCAGAGGAUGAGCUUAUAUCACCCCACCCGACUAAUCGACGGUCAAGGAGAUCCAAAGCAAUCGGUUCUGUCAAUGGUGCUACACGGCCCAUAAGCCUUCGUCAAAGAACAUUGGCCAAGGUCAACUAUUCAAUGCGCCUUAGCAGUGUUGAAUCUGAAGAUCCCGGCACUCGGAGAAGAUCUAGCCGGCUGAACUCUCGCCGUGGCCGAUCGCUUGGUGGUUCAAUAGGAUUAGACAGUGACGAUUCUAGCGAGGAUACCCAGAGAAGGACUCGCGCAAAGAGACGAAAAGUUUCAAACCUUCCCGUGCGAGAACCCCGCAAUGGAAUACGUACUUCUCAGAGGACGCGAAAGCAAGUCGGGAACAUGGCCGAAAGAUUGGAGGAUGACAUAUCCGAAGUAGAGGUGGCCCAGAAAGAGACUAAGUACUCAGCUGCACAGGAGAAAUUUUAUAGAUUACCAAAAGAUGAUCCCUUUGCACUUCGUCAUCAAUCUGCCUGCAGGGUCUGUUAUACUGUCGGAGACAGCUCCGAAAAGGGGGUUCUAGUCUACUGUCAGGGAUGCACAGAUUCAUACCACCAAGUGUGCCUUGGGUCCCGUGGCACCCGGACUCAUUUGGUCAGCAAAGUAACUUCAAAGUUAUUCGUGUUGCAAUGUCGUUUCUGCAUUGGGCUUGCUCGUGAGAAAGACCCGACGGCCCCCCAUCAUGGCACCUGUACCGGUUGCAAAUCUCCUGGAGAAAUGGCAAAACCAUUGAGGACGCGCAUGACCACGAGACAAGAACAUAUACAACGUGAUGAGAAUGGCGGAGAGGAUCCAUGUAUCAAUGUUGAUCAAACUGUACUGAGCCUGCCGGAAAAUGUCAUGUUUCGCUGUGACUCAUGUAAACGCAGCUGGCACAUGCACCAUUUACCUAGAAAAUCCGGAACUUCAUACACCGUUGAUGAUAGCCUAGAAGAUGCCGAGUUGUCUGAGAAAAGGUUUAAAGAGUAUUCUCGCCGUUGGACUUGCAAUGAGUGCGCUAAUCUUCCGGGAGAAAUCGAAACCUUGGUUGCCUGGAGGCCGACUAACCUAGACAACUAUACCCCAGGAUACUCUUGUGAUGAGAUCGAAGAGGAUGCUAAAGAGCCCUUGGGUUUGGGGGGUCGCAGCCCAUGUUACACGCAAGGCGUUCAAUAA